GCCGCCGCCGUACGCAGGGAAACAAGCGGCAACACUGAGCGCAGCCGGCCGUACCGCGACGCCAACUCCCCUCUUCCUCCCAGCUGAACCAGCUUCUCGCGCGCUCGACGAUGGGCGUCGAAUCGGCACACCCAACCCCCGCCGCCGCCGCAACCGCCGAGCAGGCCCAGGAUCUCAUCGACGCCGCGAGGUACGACGAGCUGGAAGACGUCGUUGCCCUGUUCUCCGCCGGAGUUUCCCUGGACUCGGCAGAUUCGCAAGGGCGGACGGCUCUUCAUAUGGCUUCUGCCAAUGGACAUCUUGCUGUGGUGGAAUACUUGAUUCAAAAUGGAGCGAAUGUUAAUUCUACAAACUUGGAAAAGAACACGCCUCUCCACUGGGCAUGCCUCAAUGGACAUAUAGAGGUAAUCAAAGCUUUGAUAUGUGCUGGGGCUAUUGUAAGUGCGCUGAACAGCCAUGAGAAAACCCCUAUGGACGAAGCAGUGACCCUUGGAAAGAUGGAAGUGAUCGAUGCAAUUGGUGCAGCAGUAGCUCAAGCAGAGCUCGAUGGCGUUACUGUCUCCUAAACAGGAUUCAGUUCUCCUGGAGAGAUGGAUGACAUGCCACCUCGUUCUAAUAUUUUUCUAUAUGUAUCCGUCUGUGUCACUUAGGAGGCUGAUAUAAGCUAGUAUCUGGGGCACUAGAACAAACUGAGCCAUGAGUUACCUAUAUCAUCUGUUUGGGCCAUCGCCUGCUAGUGUUAAAUGCCAUAAAAUCUGGCUGUAGGUGCAGCAGAUCACAUGUAGUGUCUUGUUCUAUAAGAUUGCAACUCUCUUGUUUGUAAGGCCAUCGACAUCUGCUGAGCUAAUUCUUUCUUGUUGAAUCACAUAGCUAGAUCUCCGGAUUUA